AUGACUUCUCCAGGGCUCCAUCAACCCUAUGUUCUGGGUCAUUCACAAUCGUUCGCGUUCUGCUCCUCCCCCCCUCUUCUCCUGACAUACUGCUCCAUCACCCCUCCAGCUAAGCUAUCCAUCAUGUUCACCUUCCUGCGCACCCCACUACCACCGCGAACCAACCGCGCCUCGCAAAACCCCAUAGUCUACGAAAACGGCCGCUCGUCUGUCUCAUUCUACGCCUCGCACGAGCACUAUGUCUUCCGCAACACCCUUCCCCCCCGCGACAGCGACAUCUCCAUCAUGGAGCCUCCCUUCCACUACCACAUCCAUCAAACCGAGACCUUUCGCGUCGUCAAGGGCACCAUGAACCUAUACAAAGGCCUGGAUCCGGAACCAUGGAAACAGCUGACAGCGACCACUGCCGCUACUGGCGAAGAAAACCAACAAGAACAAAAACAACCCACCGCCACCGUCCCGCCCAAGACCUACCAUCGGCUGCAGAACGCAUCGUCCACCGAGGAGCUAAUCUUCGAUGUGCGAUUAGACCCCGUGAACUACGCGGUAGAGGAGCGCUUCUUCCGCAACUUCUUCGGGUAUCUGGACGACUGCAAGAUCGCGAAGCAGGCGCCGAGCUUUUUCCAGCUGAUGGUGUUUUUGUAUCAUGCUGAUACCCCGCUUGCGCUGCCGUUGCCGUGGCAUGGGCUCGGGGUGGUUUAA